UACUAUAAUUAUCGCUCUGAAUAUAACAUUAGUAGGAAAAUGAGCAAGUUCUUAGUGAUAUUAUAUGUUGUAUGUUUAGCUGCUUCUGGGUUUGUUAAUGGAUCUAUCAUCAAGAAGGAGAAAGACCAAAUUAGGGUCUUUGAAUUAAAGAAGGGUGACCUUACUUUGAAGGUCACCAACUGGGGUGCCACACUUAUUUCCUUAUUACUUCCUGACAAAUACGGAAAGUUGGGAGACAUUGUUCUUGGAUAUGACUCUCCCACGGCAUACACUAAUGAUACACAAUAUUUUGGAGCUACCGUUGGCAGGGUCGCUAACAGAAUCGGAGGAGCUCAGUUUACAUUAAAUGGAAUCCAUUACAAGUUAAUUGCUAAUGAAGGAAACAAUACACUUCAUGGCGGACCUAGAGGAUUUAGUGAUGUGCUUUGGAAAGUGGUAAAGUAUCAAAGAGAUGGUGACAGACCCAAAAUCAAAUUCAGCUACAACAGUUUUGAUGGUGAAGAAGGAUUUCCGGGUGACCUAUUGGUAACAGUGAACUACAUCCUAAGUGAAGAAGGGAGUUUGAGCAUAGUCAUGAAAGCAAAAGCCUUAAACAAAGCAACACCAUUGAACCUCGUUAACCAUGCAUAUUGGAACCUAGGAAACCACAACAGCGGCAACAUCCUUAAUCAAGUUGUUCAAAUCUUCGGAUCCAAAUUCACACCGCUCAACGACCAGCUCAUUCCCUUCGGAAACUUCUCGUCCGUAAAAGGAACCCCAUAUGAUUUUCUUAAACCACAAGUUGUUGGCUCUAGGAUUGACCAAUUAACCAAGACCAAUGGCUAUAACGUAAAUUAUGUUCUUGAUAAGAAUAAGAAUGACGACAACGAGGUUAAGGUUGCGGCUAUUGUGACGGAUAAGAGGUCAGGGAGAGUGAUGAAGAUUGCGACGAAUCAACCGGGUUUGCAAUUCUACACUGCGAAUUAUGUGAAGAAUGAGAAGGGGAAAGACGGGUUUGUGUAUCAGCCACGAUCGGCGUUGUGUUUGGAGACUCAAGCGUUCCCUGACUCCGUCAACCAUCCCAAUUUUCCGUCAACUAUUGUCACGCCGGAAAAGCCUUACAACCAUCUUCUCUUCUUCAAAUUCUCCACUACCCAUGCUCCACAUGGUUUUUAACGGUCUUAAUAACUAAUAAGUACUUCAGUUUGGUUAUUAUGAGUGUAUUAGCAUGCAUGCAUCUGUUUAUUCAAGAAUAUUUAAAAGAUAAUAAAAAAUUAAUCUAAAAUAAA